AUGGCAGGCAUCGGCCCGCGCCUAGCAUGGCGCCAGAAGCUACGAAUUCACCUCAAGGCGAUAUGCCAGGCGAUUCCCCUGUCAAUUAUCAUCGUGGCGGAGGGAAGGGACCUGUACUACCGCGCAACGUGGCAGGUGACGGAAGUCUCACCGGGCGAAUUCAAAACCGGGGAUGUGAUUGCCAUCUGCAACCGAUGGUACACGCUGCCUAGCUGGGGUCACGUGCUGUACAGCCUCCUGUCGAAGGUCCUGCUGAAGGCCACCUGGGACGAUGUGGGUGUUAUUUGGGUAAAGGAUGGGGUGCCUCACAUUUGCUUCUGUGAUUUUGAGGGGGCGAAGGUGUUGAGCAUGGACAAGUUUAUAGAGUCACGGCUGCCGCGUGGCAUGGCCGUUCGAAAACUUACUGUGGACGAUCCGCACGUUGGGCACAUGCCAAGUUCAUCGGUUGCCGCUCUCUUUGCGGCGGAGGCGCAGAAGUUGACGCCGCAUCCAUGGUAUCUCUUUUCUGCGAGCAUGCGGAAUGGGCAGGAAAACAAGUAUUACGAGUUUUCAGUGCAGAUGUGGCGGCAGAGGCGCAAAAUACAUGAGAUGGUGGCAAAUCGUGCCUCAUCGCUUGCUGUCAAGGGGCAGGUGGAGAAACUACGAGAUAUGGAAGUUAUGCAGCAACAUUUGGCCACUUUUCAGAAGCCCGUGGCGCCGUUUCGCCUCUUUAACGGGUCCUUGGUCGCUUCCUUUUUGGCAACCUUUGAUCUUCUUGACAGAAAUCUGCCGUCGCCGUCCCGGUACUUGCCGCAGGACUUUGCGCAUGAUCUGCCGUUUAAGUGGGUGGCAACUUUGGAGGAGCCAGUGGUGUUUUUUAAGAACUGA